CGACGCAAGUGCAAUGGCGACACUUGGAGCGGCCCAGACAUGCGCACUUGCCCAGCAUGAACGGGGAGGACACACGCGGUACCUAGAAGGCCUUCCCGCCACACUCCGAAGGGGGCUUGCGGUGUGGGGGGCGAUGGCAGAGGGAGCAGCGGAAGCCUCGGUAGAGAGCGGUGGCGGUGGUGACUCAGGAGCCGGCGCGCCAGAACGGGGUGUGGCGCCCAUUAAACCGCAAUUCCGCACCACCAAGAAGCAAUUCCAUGACUUUCUGGAAGCCAAAGGGCAGACGCCCAGCCAGGAAACCGAGGCAGGAAACCUUGGUGGCAAUGACCUGUCUGAGCCCGAGGCCAAGAGGAUCCGACUGGAGGAUGGGCAUGAGGAGGACAGGCAGUCAGGGGAGGCGGCCGGGCCACAGGAGCAGCCGCAGGUUCAGAAGAGGGCCCGGGGCCAGAACAGGGGCCGAGCCCACCUGAAGCCCACCCACUGGGAGAAGAACAGGCUCUGCCCAUCCCUGGUCCAGGAAUCCGCCGCUAAGUGUUUCUUCGGCGACCGCUGCCGCUUCCUGCAUGAUGUGGGCUGCUACCUGGAGACCAAGCCGGCUGACCUGGGCCCGCGCUGUGUGCUCUAUGAGACCUUCGGGAAGUGCCCCUAUGGCGUUACCUGCCGCUUCGCCGGCGCCCAUCUGGGGCCCGAGGGCCAGAACCUGGUGCAGGAGCCGCCGGUCCAGGUCCCGCUGGUCCGCAACAGCCUGGACAAGGCCCUGCAGCUGCAGCUGCGGAAGCGCAAGAUCCACUUUGAGCGCGCCGAGCGGGCCCUGCGCCAGCUGAGCAAAGGCCAGCUGCCGGGCUCCACCCCUGCUGCUGCGGACCCCGAGCCCGUGGGGAGCGAGGGUGCCCCAGGGCAGGACGGCUGUGCCGCCCAGCAGGCCUCCCUUGGGGCAGGCGCGGGCGCCCCUCCCAGCGCCUCUGUGCAGACCUGUGGGCCCCUGACCGAUGAGGACGUGGUGAGGCUGCGGCCCUGUGAGAAGAAGCGGCUGGACGUCAGCGGCAAACUGUACCUGGCCCCCCUCACGACGUGUGGGAACCUGCCCUUCCGGCGAAUCUGUAAGCGCUUUGGGGCUGACGUGACUUGUGGGGAGAUGGCCGUGUGCACCAACCUGCUGCAGGGCCAGACGUCCGAGUGGGCCCUGCUCAAACGCCACCCGUGUGAGGACAUCUUUGGGGUCCAGCUUGAAGGCGCCUUCCCUGACACCAUGACCAAGUGUGCCGAGCUCCUGAACCGCACCAUCGAGGUAGACUUCGUGGACAUCAACGUCGGGUGCCCCAUCGACCUCGUGUACAGGAAGGGCGGGGGCUGCGCCCUCAUGAACCGCUCCACCAAGUUCCAGCAGAUCGUGCGCGGCAUGAACCAGGUGCUGGACGUGCCGCUGACGGUGAAGAUCCGCACGGGCGUCCAGGAGCGCGUGAAUCUGGCCCACCGGCUGCUGCCCGAGCUCCGGGCCUGGGGCACGGCCCUGGUCACGCUCCACGGCCGCUCCCGGGAGCAGCGCUACACCAAGCUGGCCGACUGGCGGUACAUCGAGCAGUGUGUGACGGCGGCCAGCCCCAUGCCCCUGUUCGCCCCACCAGGGGACCCAGGGCUGGCGAACAGUCCCCAAGAGCUGGUGCUCCCGCCCACGCGAGGCUCCCUGACACCCCAGCCUCUGCCCCUCAGGAAACGGGGACAUCUUGUCGUACGAGGACGCCAACCGCGCCAUGCAGACUGGAGUCGCUGGGGUCAUGAUUGCCCGCGGCGCCCUGCUCAAGCCGUGGCUGUUCACGGAGAUCAAGGAGCAGCGGCACUGGGACAUCUCGUCGGCCGAGCGCCUGGACAUCCUGCGCGACUUCACGCACUACGGCCUGGAGCACUGGGGCUCGGACACGCAGGGCGUGGAGAAGACGCGCCGCUUCCUCCUCGAGUGGCUCUCCUUCCUGUGCAGGCGCGUGCGGGGAUGGUCCGGGCGGGGUGCGUGGGGACGCCGGCCCAACCUGCCCCCGCCCGUCUGCCCGCAGGUACGUGCCCGUGGGGCUGCUGGAGCGGCUCCCGCAGAGGAUCAACGAGCGGCCGCCCUGCUACCUGGGCCGUGACUACCUGGAGACGCUCAUGGCCAGCCAGACGGCCACCGACUGGAUCCGCAUCAGUGAGAUGCUGCUGGGACCCGUACCCCCCAACUUCAUCUUCCUGCCAAAGCAUAAGGCCAACGCGUACAAGUAGCCGUGGCAGCCGGCGCAGGGCGUGUGAGGGCCCAGCAGCAACCCGGGUGCUCGAGAAGACAAUAAAUUUUAUUCUUUUAAAACCCAGGCUUUUCUGUGAUUCUGAGCAUGCCCCUUCCCCCCACUGGAACUUUUCCCUCAACAGCAGGUGACCCUGUCCCCAACAG